UCGGAGUCAGUUUUACGGGAUGCUGGAUGGGUAAACUCAAUACCAGGUCAAUGCACAUGUGGUCAGUGUGCACCAUGGUGUAUACAGGUCAGUAUCUUUCACGACGCAGUCACAUGCUGUUGCCUGGCAACAUGAGGACCAGACCGAACUUCGGACCCGGAUGUGUGUCCCUUUGAGAAACGCUAAAAAGAAGAAGAAGAAGAAGAAUUAAGCAAAAGGGAAACCAGAAAGGAACCAGAGAGGGCAGUUGUGCGGGUUAUUUGUGGGUGUCACGAAGUGCACAUGCGAGGAAUAUCUUGAAGAACAGGUCCAGGUUCAAUAGGGCAGAUCUCAUUAGUUUUGUCUGAGAUGUAUUUUAAAUCUGUCCUGAUAUAGGACUAGUUAGGCCUGAUAGUAAGUUUUUUCAUUGAUUGAACAUGUCCAAACAAACUUUUGUUAGUCUUUUUUUCUUUUCAACUAAGUCAGCAAAACACCCAUUUGUUCAGUCAGACAAAGUGAAAGAGUAAACAUGUUCACCUUUAUGCACCAUUAGACACUCACCCAUUGCUAAUAGCUACACUAAGCUGAACCCAGUCUUCUGAAGCUGCACAGAAUGAAUGCAAACAUCCACAGAUGGUAGGCAGUGUGUUUUUUAAAUGAAGCAAAGGAAGCUUGUAGCUCAGACUUGUGUGAAUGAGAGCGGGUUUAAGGAGGAGGUUCUCUAUGUGGAGCAGCAGGGGCCUCCAUAUCGGCUGAAAUGCCCUCUGGAGCCCGAGAGCUCCCCCCAGCCCAAGCUGACCUGGCAGAAGGACUGCCACCAACUCCCCACCCAGGAAGGGAAGGACUACCUGGAGUUUGCCAGCCUCGGCUUGCAAGAUCAAGGGAAUUACACCUGUAUGCAACAGGGCAACAGCACAGCCUCAUUCACUGUACGUCUCAUAGUGAAAGAGUCCCAGUGCUCCAAAGUCCCAGAAUUUAAACCAAAUGGGAGACCAGACAGUCUCUAUAGGAAUGUGGGAUCCUCUGUGACGCUAAACUGCACUGCUCUCCUCUGGGACCCAAGAGAAGAGCACUGUGACACCACGCUGCAGUGGAGUAAAGAUGGCCAACCCCUCACCAAUCAAACAAAUUACACGCAGAACACCUCCUCAUGGUCUCCUGUUGCUGGCCAACUGAUGGUAAACAGUCUGCUGGUGAUCAGCCUCAGAGAGCCGGAUGAUUUUGGGCUCUACAGCUGCACAGUGAGGAACAUUUCCUUUGACUUCAGCCUGCCGUAUUCAACGGGCCCCAACCACACAGCUGCUGUUAUUGCAGCCAUCUUCCUCCUCCUCCUCCUGGCCGUAGCUGCUAUUGUGUACUGCAGGUGUCACCUGAACAUCAAACUCUGGUACAAGAAUGUCCACGCAGAAUGUUACGGAGACAAUGAACUCAAUGAUGGCAAAUUAUAUGAUGCCUAUAUCUCCUAUGUGAACAAUGAUCAUGACAGGAAGUUUGUCAACUUUAUUCUCAAACCUCACCUGGAGAAUAAAAAUGCGCACAAGCUGCACCUUAAUGACAACGAUAUCCUACCUGGCUCAGAACCUUCUGCAGAGCUGCUAAUGAACAUUAGUCGCUCUCGGCGUCUGAUCGUGCUGCUCUCUUAUGCUUACCUUGAGCAGGACUGGUGUUCCAAUAACUUCAGACAGGGCCUUCUGCACUUGUUGGAGUUGUGUCAGCACGAGCGGCCCAUCCUCAUCAUGUUGGAAGGUCAGUCCAAACGCAUGAGCCCUGAGAUCAAGCAGCUGCUCAGUGAGCACCAGCACCGUCUCACCAUACUCACCUGGAGGCACAAUUCUGUGACUCCUUCCUCAGUCUUUUGGAAGGAGCUGGCUUUAGCGAUGCCUCGCAGAGUCGUCUACCGCAGUGAGUCAGCGGGUGACCCUCAGACUCUGCUACAAGAUGACAAGGACCCCAUGCUGACCCUCGACUCCAACUACCUGGACUGCCGCUCAGACACUGACCCUGCUGGAGAUCUGGGGCUCCGCCUCCCUGUGUACAAGGCUCUGGCCUUUAAAGCUCCAGUCCUCCCUGCUGCUCCCAUCACUGUAGCUGAGCCCAAAUCCUCUGAAAUCGACGUGUCGGAUCUGGGACUACGCAACUAUGGAGCCCGCUCAGACUUCUACUGCCUGGUCACUGAGGAGGACAUUUGACCCACACUCCUCUCACUUCUACUGACUUCUAAAAGUUAACUGCAUGGAGAUCCACUUUAGCUUUGCUUUAUAGUUAUCUAAGUCAAUAUGGUAAAUAGUAUUUUUCUUUUUAUAUAUAUGUGUACAGAGUUGUUAAAAUCAAGGUGUUACGUUUUUCUGUUUCCUUUAACCAAAGACUUUUUUUUUUAUGUAUUUCUUUUUUAAGAAAUGAUCAGAAAUAUUUGUGUCAACCAGGAAAAGAAGUAACUUUUGAUUGUCAUUUCACUGCCAACAUCUCUCAUGAAGUCCCCGGCAGAGGGCAGAGUAACGUCAGAUAAGAUGAAGCAAUUCUGCUUUGUCAUAAUUUGACAGCUUACAGUACACAGAAGUUAGGGGAGAGCCAAAAUAAUUGUUACAGUAUCUUAAAGUCAGAUUUGAACACAGAACACACCAGUCAACUGAAGCAGGUAAACGCUCAUGAACGAAAACUCAGUUUUUGAUCUCUGUAAAGGUGGAGGCUUUGUGUGUGAUGUAAACACACCCUGAUAACACAGCAAUCGCACAAAUAAAGCAGUUUGACAAAAUA